AUCCGAUCCCGGCAGACAGGGAUGACUGGAAGGAUAUUUGCCUGGCCUUUUGUUUACAGUCGCCACACACAACAAGGGCCUGUCUCCUGUGGCUGUUCGGAGUAGCAAAGCUAGCUAGGCCUACUGCGAAUCCUGCCGAGACACGGUCACAGGGCGGGUUUGUGUUGUCUAGGCUUACAUGACACAGAGUUGGCUUUUUGUCUUCUAUAUGCACCUCCCUUGAAACGCUACACUGGGUCACCGAGUAUGGAUUGUCCUGCUCACAAGUUCUUGACACAUAUGAAGACGCCAAUGGAACACUGACAAUGGCCCGAUACAAACGGGGCGUGGGACAGGAACAACGAGAAGACAAUAAAAAAAAGGUCUUAUUAUUGGAUUCGAUGAGUAUAAAAAGUCAGUUCACCUCAGGUAGAAAUUGUGGAGCUAAAUGAGAGUGUCUGGGAAAGAAAUACAAGAGAAAGAAGUCAUGCAGACAAUCAUAAGCAGUGGGAUGCUGGCUACGCUGGCGGUGUUGGCGAUGAUCGCUGGCAUCAGUGAGGGAGCGGUGCUGUCCAGAUGCGAGGUACAGAGACACAUGCAGGAGGUUUUCGACAGGUUGCCCGAGGAGGUUCUUCUCCAGAUCGAUGAAAAAGAUCUAAUGGCUAAGAUCGUUUGCCACGUGGAGCUCACCUCUGGGUUCAAUACCAGCGCUGUGAACCAGCUGACGGUUCCCCAGGACUCCUCUGAGAGGCCUAUGGGACACGGGGGACGCCGUGGUAGACGGUCACCCGGUGCUGGAGGGUCGAGGUUUGAACUUGCCAGGUUUAUGGGCUCGAGGUCAUCAGAGGAGGGUUCCGAUAGUAGCAGCAGCAGCAGCAGCGAGGAGGCUGCGGCAGAACGCGGGGAUGUGUGGACUCUCUACGGCAUUUUCCAGAUGAGCGAUCGCGUCAUGUGCAACUCUGGUUCCGUGCCAUCACUGAACCUCUGUCAGACGAACUGCAGUGCCUUUCUUGAUGAUGACAUCACUAAUGACAUUGUCUGCGGUGAGACAAUACACAUGAAAAUGAUGUCAAGCCCAGAACAACAUGGAGAAGCCAGGGCUCUUCUCAAGCGGAUGAUGACGCUGUUGUUUCAGCCGGAGUGCCGCAAUGUGACCUACCAGGAGUACUUUGCCGCCUGCCAGUGAGCGAUUCAAGGCCGUCUUGUAGAAUAGCGAAAUGU